CCCGUGCUCCUGAGCGACUGCUGGCGAACGCAGCCAGCAAGCUCACCCACAGCUGUGCUGGUCUCCCCGCCACGCAACUUCGAGCGCGCUGCAGCAUGCAGAUUCAGGCGGUGAUGCGGCCUGCCCUGGCCCAGCCGGCGCGCCCCGCCGCCCCUCUACCCGCACGCCGUCGCUGCUGCGUGGCACCCGCCGGCGGCGAUAGGGCGGCUGACGCUGUGCCAGAACCUCCACCUGGGGUCGACAGGCGCACUCUGCUUGGCACAGCUGCAGCACUGGCAGCAGCCGUCGCCUGCCCGCCGGCGUGGGCGAUCCAGGGCCUGAUUGCUGGGCGCAUUCCUGGCGUGACGGGCCCGGAUUCCGAGGGCUACAUGACUUACACUCGGCCCGAGGGCAAGAGCGGCGGCCAUGGCGUGGGUUGGAGCGAGAUCCAGCGGUACUCCUUCAAGGUCCCCGAGUCGUGGGAGGAGGUGCCGGUGAGCAUCGCGGAUCUGGGCGGCACAGAGAUCGACCUGCGGUAUGGCAGCAGGGAGGAGGGCAGCCUCAUGGUGGUUGUGGCCCCGGUGCUGCGCUUCAAGGAGGUGGGCAUCAACGCCAACAUCACGGUGCGGGACCUGGCGCCACCCGAGAACAUCAUCGCAGGGUUUGCGCCGGAGCUGUUUGGCAGCCCUCUGCAGGAAGAAGAUGUGCUGGACAUGCAGGUGCUGGAGAAGGGCGGCCUGCCGUACUACUUGUAUGAGCUGACCAGGCACCGCCUUGUGGCGGCCACCGCCACCGGCAACCGCCUGUACAUGCUUGCCGUCAAGAGCAACAGCCUGCAGUGGCGGAAAUCGGGCGGCAAGCUGACCAAGAUCCGGGACAGCUUUGCGGUGCCGCCCAAGAUCGAUGCCUGAGCACUGGCGCUCUGCGCGGCGGCAUGCCCAAUUCACCGGCGCCCGUUGCACAGCUGUGGGAGAGGAGUGGCACGGGCUGCUGCUGUUUCUUGUUACUGCCUCUCUUGAAUCCAGUCCUUGUUUUUUUCUGGUGCAUUGUACUGUGCUGCAAUUUUGGCCCAGCCUGUAGGCCUCAUUUCAUGAAUGCUAAACUCAAGACAAUGCCGUCCCUCCUGUCUAGCUUUCCGCUCCC